AUGGCUACCGGAUAUGAUCCCGACAAAUAUGUGUAUCACUCUAAACAACAGUUACCUGAUGCCUCUGCCAAAAACGCUAGUUCAGAUGGAAAGCAUGGAGUGUGGAAAAGGAAGCCACGGACAGCGCCUUCAAUUAUAUUCCCUGAAGGUGACGAUAUCUCCGACAGCCUCAAGGUCUAUGAAGAUGCAAUCUUCCCACACUCCAGGUCCACCGAGCUGUGCGGAGCUGGUGACACAAGAGGGGAUCCCCACCGCGGUCACAGCUUUCGGAAUAAGGAGGACAUCCCUUGGAGCCAGAGAUCUUACGGACAAGGAUCUGAGUCGUCAAACUGGAGGAUCCAAGGAGGCAGACAAGGGGAAUCCAGGACGUUUCGAAGCAGUUCCGAGUCUAAAAGCUUUGGUGGUUACCGAGGAAGUACCUCGUUUACCCCUCGGUAUUCAGAUGGAGAGGGAUCGAACGCAGUCAGUUGGAGAAACAACAAACCACUAGAAGAGAAAGGGAAUAGAGCUGAUGGUCUGGAAUCUGGAGGCAUCUCCAGGGAUUUCUUCAGGAGACCUAGUAGAACAGUCGGCAAGGCGACUUUGGAGGAGGACUUUGACAUUUCUCGAACAGUGGAAGCCUCAAGCGUUUCCCCAGUUGGCCCAGAUGCAGCCAGCUGGAGAAACACACAGCGACCAAAGCAUAAUCGUCAAGCAGAAAAUCGGGAAGACGGUGAAGAUUGCGAAAGCAGAACUAACAUCACGGGAAAGUUUUUCAGACCGCCAGGUAAACCUGUAGCGAAGACCAGACCAAAAGACACCGUUGAUUUAAAGGUAGAAGACGGAGAUCCAAUCGACAGUGAUUCCAACUCGGUUGACUACUCUGAUGAUGAAGCCACAAGUCAGCAACUACGAUCGUCUAUUCCUUAUCCGCUGAGGACUGUAAUGAAAAACAAGAGCGUCGCGUUUUCUUUCUCAAACAGUGAACUGGAAAGCCUCCUUGAUGAGAAAUCCGAAGUUGCACUUUUGAAACUUGUGAGCCAAAAGGAGAAAUGCCAGACCCUGUUUUCUGCCGAUGAACUCGAUGAAAACACAGUACUACUAACGGUGCGAGUUUUGUCGUGUAUGAGUCAUGUGGAUCAAGUUUCAGAAACACUGUACACUCGAGAAGUAAAUAUAAUUUUAAGUAUGCUAGAAUCUUCCUCAUUUUUCAGUAAGCACCUGACUAGGUAUCUGGUUGGUUUAUCCUCAAGACAGGCAGAUGAUUGCGAUGAUGCAGACACUGAUGGUGCGCGAAGCCUUGCUGCCGAUAUUGAUCUCAUGUUGGAUAUUCUUCAACUAUUCCUCCAUCGCAAACCCUUGGCUUGCUCAGAAGUGAGCGUGGUUCUCGUUCUCUUACAGAAGGUAGUGACCACAGCAGCGGUGAACAACGUUGACUUUGACCCACAGGGUUAUCGUAUGGCGAAGUUUGAGGCUUAUAGACACGUUCUCUUCGGACUGCAGCAAAUGAACGAGAAGAACUUCCCCUUCAGGAAAUACAUCAUUGAUGUAGCCACACAGGUUCAGCCACCUCAGUAUCUACAAGUUGAUGAGGACGUUACAUACGAUCUAAGACCACUUGUUCUCCGUUCUGAUGAGAAGUCUGAUGCUCACAACCCUGACGUAAAACAAAUCAUAGAGGCAGCCUAUGUACCAAUCUUGGACUGUGAGAAUUGGCCGAGUGCAGAGGUCCUACACCUUGACGACUCCCAGAAACAUGCCUUGCAAACAGCUCUCACCAGGGAGUUUGCCAUCAUACAAGGACCUCCGGGUACAGGAAAGACAUACAUAGGUUUAAAGAUAGUUGAACUGCUUCUAUAUAACACCCCCUGGAGUAACAACCAAACUGAGGAAGUAAACAGUUCACCAAUCCUUGUGGUAUGCUGCACGAAUCACGCCCUUGAUCAGUUCCUUGAGGGUAUCAUUAACUUUGGAGAACAAAAAGUAGUUCGUGUUGGAAAUCGUAGCUGUAGUGAAAAACUUAAGGAUAAGAACCUGUCCCGCUUGCGAAGACAGAGUUCAUACGGUAGGUAUCAGGAAGAGAAGGCGAGACUCGAACAAAUGAGGAAAGAACUAGCACAGCUUGAUGAGGCAAUUCAACGCAUUUUCCUUAAAGUCGGUCUUCCAGACAAGGCUAUCAUUGACGUAGUGGCGCUUAGAGAUUUUAUGAGCCCAAGCAACUAUAGGGACCUCUCUUCAAACUGUCGCCAGAAGAACGAGAAAUCAAUCAAAAAACGAUCAUCAAAUCUUUUGCAUUGGCUCAAGGUUGGUGCAUGUUCUAGUAAGAAGGAGGGGGAAGUUGCUGAUCCGGAGCAGAACCCGUCGGAAACUCCCAAUGAUACUGGAGGAUUUGUGGAAGUUGAUGAUGAGGGAGCGGAGAUUCAGCGAGAGCGUCAAUUUGACGACUCUGAGGAUAUUGUCGAGGAUCGUAAUCAACGCACUCAAGCUCUUGAGUGCGAGAUUUUUAAUGAAGACGCUGCACAUGACUCAGAGUAUACUCUAGACUCCAAGUCAGCAACAGAGAUGAAGAAGUCUGGGGCAAUGACGGCUCAAGAGGCAGCCACAACUCAACACAUCUGGAAACUUAAUUUGAGUGAUCGCUGGCGUCUCUACAGGCUCUGGAUCAAACUAUACAAGGAGAAACAUGGGGUGGAACUGAGUGAGUUUCGGCAACGAUACGAUGUACUCUCCAAGGAUAUUGAAACUUUGAAAGCUCAAGAGGACCUCGAGAUCCUCCGCGAAGCCAACGUGAUUGGUAUGACGACAACGGGCGCUGCAAGAUGUCGCAACGUACUUCAGCUUCUUGGGCCUCUUGUUGUGGUAAUAGAAGAGGCUGCCGAGGUAUUGGAGGCGCACAUCAUCACAACCCUGACUGCAAAGUGUCAGCAUCUCAUUCUCAUCGGUGACCAUCAACAGCUGAAGCCCAACCCAACCGUCUACCGCCUUGCGAAGUUGUUCAACUUAGACACCUCCUUGUUCGAGAGAAUGAUCAACAAUGACAUGCCUUUCACUUCACUGACACAUCAACAUCGCAUGCGCCCCGAAAUCUCAGAGCUCAUGAAGAAGCAUUUCUAUAAGCGGCUGCAAGAUCAUGGAUCUGUACUGAAUAUGGAGAACAUUAAAGGAAUGCUACACAGCAUGUUUUUCAUAAACCAUCGACGGUUGGAAGAUGGCCUUGAUGACAAUAGAACCAGAUCUAAUCAGCACGAAGCAGAAGUCCUGGUUGGUCUAUGCAAGUACCUGUUAGAUCAAGGUUACCUGCGCUCCCAGAUCACCAUACUGACGACUUACAAAGGUCAGAUGUUCUGUAUCAAGCGACUCAUGGAUAGAGCAAACUUUGACGGGGUUCGGGUGACUGUCGUAGACAAUUUUCAGGGUGAAGAGAACGACAUUAUACUGUUAUCGCUGGUGCGGAGCAACGCAGAAGGCUCUAUUGGGUUUCUCCGCAUCUCUAACCGCAUCUGCGUAGCGCUAUCCAGGGCUCGAAUAGGUUUUUAUUGUAUAGGAAAUUUCACGAUCUUGAAAAGGGCACCAAUUUGGCAAGACAUCAUUUCUGCCCUAGAGGCCCAGAAUAAAAUUGAGUGGUCAUUGCCGCUGGUGUGUCAAAAUCAUCCCAAGAAAAUAUCACAGGUUGCCACUGCCGAAGACUUUAAGGAGAAGGUACCUUUAGGUGGAUGUGACAUGUCCUGUGAUUAUAACUUACAAUGUGGCCAUGUUUGUCAUUUGUCUUGCCACCCUGGUGAUCCCAACCAUGUGAAAUAUAAGUGUCUUAAACUUUGCGACAGGUAUUGUAGAAGAGGAGAGCAUCGGUGUAUGCUGAAAUGCCAUCAAGAGUGUAAUCCCUGUCAGGAAAAGGUUCAGAAAGUGAUGCCCCGGUGCAGACAUAAAAUUCAAGUUCCGUGUUGUCAGUAUGACACAAUAUCUUGCCCUGAACCAUGCCCAAAAUUCUUUUCCAACUGUGGCCAUUCUUGCCGAAGAAACUGCGGUCAACCCUGUCUGAAGACAUGCCCAGAAAAUUGUGAGAGGUUACUGCCAUGUGGUCACCCAUGCUCAGAGCUCUGUAGCAGACCGUGCAAUAGGUACUGCAAAGCUCAGGUAGAGAGAACUUUGGAGAAGUGCGGUCACAAAGUUUUGAUGGACUGCAACCAGACCGAAAUAUCCUGUCCCAAACCAUGUCUCAGGCGCUUUGAAGGCUGUAAGCACCUGUGCCGAAAAAAAUGUGGUGUGCUGUGUUCCGAUGUUUGUCCUGAAAAGUGUGAGAGGAAACUUGCCUGUGGCCAUCCAUGCAAAGAGCUUUGCAGCGAAACCUGCACACAAUAUUGUGAAAUAAAGGUCAAGAAAAUAUUGCCAAAGUGUCAACACGAAGCCAUCAUGGACUGCGACAAAGACCUGGACGAUAUCGAGUGCAAUACACAUGUGAAGAAAGCACACCCAGUAUGCGGUCAUGAUGUCGUCAUGGCCUGCCGUGAAGAUCCUGGGCAGGUAGAGUGCAAGACGCCCGUGACUAAAAGACGGAAGUGUGGUCAUCUGAAAGUUGUGCCCUGCUUCAUUGAUCCCGAUUCUGAAGAAUGCAUUGAGAGGUGUGACAAAAUACUUCGUUGUGGCCAUCAAUGCCCAAAUAACUGUGGGAAGCCGUGCACUGUGUCUGGAGUUGAAAGUAGUCUGAUCACCUCAGAUCCUGAGAUUCUUGGAAUAAAGCUUUGUGAGAUAGAUGUUGAGAAAAUUUAUCCUUCGUGCGGCCACGUCGUCAAGUUACCUUGUCACAAAGAUGUGUCCCAGGUCCCCUGCGCUGGUAUAUGUAGGAAGUUGUUGGCAUGUGGCCAUCGGUGUCUCAGGAAAUGCUCUCAGCCUUGUCCUAUUGAGAACUUGAGUAGCACUCUCAUGACAUUUUAUGCCAUGCACGGGAGGGAUUUUUCUUCAUUUUGCAGAGAAGACUGUGGGAAAUUGUUGCCAUGCGGUCAUGUGUGUCCCAAUAAAUGUGGUGAACCUUGCGCAAGCGUUGCAGUGGCAAAUAUAUACUCAGUAAGGUUCUCGACAAAGUGUGACGAAAUUGUCGAGAAGAAGCUCCCUGGGUGCGGCCAUACUGCUAAGGUUGAAUGCUACAAGGAUGUUUCGUUACUGUCCUGUUCUGAAAUCUGUGGCAAGAAGUUAUCGUGUGGCCACAUGUGCUUGACUACAUGCGGAAUGGCGUGUCGAUGUUCUCGUGGUGUUCUGAAGAAGUUGCCCAACUGCAAGCAUUCCACUGAGCUUCCCUGCCACCAAGAUCCAAACUCCUAUGAAUGCAAAGAGCAUUGUCAGAGGAAACUUACUUGCGGACAUCAAUGCCCCAAUAACUGCGGUGAGCUCUGCCCUGGAGAGGAGGGCAGUUCGACAGACGAAGAUGAAUCGAGAGGUUCGCUUGGCUCUUCAGGGACUCGAAUCCCAGCAAGAAGAUGUACUGAAAUUGUGAGAAAAGAGUUCAUGGAUUGUGACCACAGUGUCGACCUUCCCUGCUACAAAAGUAUCAGUACAGUAAGAUGCAAAGAAAGGUGUGAAGAGAUUCUUCCAUGUGGCCACCAAUGCCCCAACACUUGCAGUGAUUGCCGUAAAGAUGAUGCUUCUUCAAAUGAGGAUGCUUCUUCAAAUGAGGAUGCUUCUUCAAAUGAGGAUGCUUCUUCAAAUGAGGAUGCUUCUUCAAAUGAGGAUGCUUCUUCAAAUGAGGAUGCUUCUUCAAAUGAAGAUGCUUCUUCAAAUGAGGGAGCUUCUUCAAAUGAGUGUGCUUCUUCAAAUGAGGAUGCUUCUUCAAGUGAAGAUGAAGUUGCAAGGAAUCAGCCACUCUUUACGAAAUGCGAAGUAAUUGUCCAGAAAAUCUUGCCGUGUGGGCAUUUUAAAGAAGUGGCUUGCUGGUUACAGAACUCCGCCGAAUCUUGUUUGGAGCCAUGCGCCACCAUCUUACCGUGUGGUCACACAUGUCGCGGUACCUGUCUUGACUGCAAACAAGGUAAACAACACGUAACAUGCGUCGAAACAUGUGAGCGGCAGCUUCUUUGUGGUCACACCUGCACGGACGAUUGUGGAAGAAUUUGUCCAUCAGACUGCGAACGCUGCAUGGACAAAGAAAAACCCAAAGAUGAGUUCUUUCUCUCGAUUAAGCACGAUUUGUGGGAUCUAACGACCUUCCCGUGUCCACAUCGCAUCAGGAACCGUCAGCUGGAGUCUGAGGCAUGCAUUCUUCAAUGCACCUGUAAGCGCACUUGUGGGCAUGCCUGCAUUGGUGUAUGUGGUGAGCCUUGUCCGCCAUACUGCGUCGUCUGUGAUAAGCACUCGUAUAAAGUUAGAGAUAAACUUCCAAAUGAGAACGUAUGCCGAAAGGAAACUUUCAUAUACCUAUCAGAUUGCGGUCACCUCUGCGAGACCCGACUCUUGGAUAAAACGGUAGAAAGUUUCCUUAAACCCUUAAAGAAUGGAUGUUUCGGCAUUCGUUCCUUACUCUGCCCCAAAUGCAAGGAACCCGUACUAAAUUGUCCCCGUUACGACGACAUCCUUUGCAUUAUCAAGAAAUCUGUGGAAGUAGCCAAAUUGAAGUGCGACCAAGCGAGGAAAGAUAGCCCCACCGGAAGAUUAUCCAGAGUAUAUCGAUGUUUGGGCAAUAAGAGCGCUACACCAACCUUGUCCUUUGCUGUCGGCAGAUGGCUGAGAUGCCCUCGUGGUCACGUGUUCUACCUUGAGAAUGGUCAACAGGAAAACCCGAAGGGACCAGUUUGUCCUGAAUGCUCCAAGAGUAAAUCCGUCAGGCCUAUAUUAUAUUAGUUAUGAUAACAGCGACAGUUUUAGUGUUGAUGCUAUGACCUAGGCCGUGUCCGAAAGGGGCUUCCAGAGCUACGGCUAUAUAGGUCUAUUGUCUGCGCGUCUCCACGCAUUUCCAAUGGAGCGAAGACCUAGACCUAGCUAUAGACAAGAGAUUCGGAUGCAGCCUUUGUUCAAAAUCCCAGCUCUUCCCACAUACAACUAUCCUCAAUCCUGAUAUGAGUUGGUUUGUUCUUGAUUUAAAUUCUUUUAGGCUAACCCUAACCCCUAGGGUGUAUGUAAAAUCGUAUUGAAAUUGGAGGAUUUGGGACUGUUAGGGUUAAUCUGCUAUUAAAGCAUUUUUAUAAAAUUUUAGUAGAAGACUUAGGUAAGGUUUGUAUAUAUACAUUGAAAAGAGUAUAAACACUUGAAUCGUAAUUGUUCUUUCUAGUUUGACAAAAAAAUAGGUGGAAAGGUUUGCGGUUGCACCAUGCGAAGGAAUAUAUCUCUUAUGAGUAUGUGGUUCUGAAAAGACCUGGGAGUAUAUACUCAACGUCUUGGACUGCGUGCUCAGUCCGCUGUCUUUGACCAUGAAAAGUCUGAAAUUCCAUUUGACAAAAAAUGCUUUGAAUAAGAAAGCGAACUACCAGUUUUGACAUCUGAAAUAGUAACGCUUGUACACAAUUUCAUAAAGGCAAAGAUGUGGUUUUUGUACGUGAGUAACAUUAUGUUAGAGCGAUACAAGAUUCCCCAAUCCCCAAGCACACAAUCAUUGUUAACCAGUUGACUCAUAGCAGAUUACCGGAUCGUAGAAUAAUGCAGUUUACUGUCACAAUCGCUAUCUAUCCGGUUCGUUGGACGAUCGCUGAGUUUGCCUGUUGUGGCAUUGGAGAACACACUGAUGAGGCUUGCUGAAUCGGUGUGUUACUUGUGGUAAAACUGUACUUCGUAUUGUUUUAAUGGAACGGUGCAGUGUGUUGCUGUUACCAUCACUCUCAUUUAUCAUUUUACCACAGGUUAAACGAUUUCAGUAAAAGAUUUGUUUAGGUACAUGGCUAAAAAUACUGAGCAAAUGUGAACAGUAAGUGGCUAAUGCUCAUUUUGAUUGGAAUGUACGUACAGGUUUACUGUUGCUAUAACUACUAUUUUCAUGAGAAGAGUUUCUUUUCCAAAAUUCGAUAAGUGCUAUUUUGGUACCUUUCAGAAUCCUUCCCUCUCUCAGUUGCCUGCUGUCAGUGUUAACAGCUUUUAGACAGAUAAACAAACUUCAUUGAAUCAAAAAAGUGAUUCACUGAAGUUGAAGCUGAAGUUCUUCAGUAUGUCAUAAUUGUGGAAAUAUUAAAAGUUUUUCGAAUGGAUAUAUCUUCUUUCGGAAAAGAAACCCUUCAUGCUA